AUGGAAGGCCUCUUCUUCAACGUAAAUGGCGGGUACAUUGAGGGAGUAGUACGAGGAUAUCGAAACAGUCUUCUCAACGGCCAGAACUACAGUAAUCUUACACAAUGCGAAACCAUUGAUGAUGUCAAGCUGCAAUUGUCUCCCGCCUAUGGCGAUUUUCUCGCAUCGCUACCGCCUAAUCCAUCCACCUCAUCCCUCGCCAACAAGACUACAGACAAGCUAGUCGCAGAGUUCAGAUACAUCCAAGGGCAGGCCGUGGGAACUUUGGCAAAAUUCAUGGAAUACCUUACAUACGGCUACAUGAUCGAUAACGUGGCGCUACUUAUCACAGGUACCCUCCAUGAACGAGACACACGUGAGCUGCUAGAAAGAUGUCAUCCCCUCGGAUGGUUCGAGACGAUGCCAGUACUUUGUGUAGCAACGAAUAUCGAGGAAUUGUACAACUCUGUCCUGAUCGAAACGCCGCUAGCCGCGUACUUCAAGGGUUCCUUGAGCCAUCAGGACCUUGACGAGCUUAACAUUGAGAUCAUCCGCAACACCCUAUACAAGAAUUACCUAGAAGAUUUCUACAAAUUUGUCACAGAGCAUCCUGAGCUGAAAGACACUCCGACAUCGGAAGUCAUGGCUGAAGUGCUGGAAUUCGAGGCCGAUCGCCGAGCCAUCAACAUUACCUUGAAUUCUUUCGGUACCGAGCUGUCAAAGCAGGAUCGAAACAAGCUCUACCCGAGCUUUGGGGGGCUAUAUCCAGAGGGUACCUUGAUGCUGUCGCGAGCAGACGACAUUGAAGGCGUUUCACUUGCCGUCAGCGGCAACCAUGACUACAAGUCGUAUUUCGACAGCGUUGGCAUGAGUGGAGGUAUGGGCGGUUCUGGGCCUGGUAAUAUGAGCGGUGGUGGCGGCAGUGAUGGAAAGAGUUUGGAAGAUAUGUUUUACCAGAAAGAGAUGGAGAUAUCAAAGUCAGCCUUCACGAGGCAGUUCACUCAUGCUGUCAUAUAUGCGUGGGUAAAAUUGAGAGAACAGGAAAUACGCAACAUAACCUGGAUUGCGGAGUGUAUCGCACAGAAUCAGAAGGAGCGGAUAGGUAAUUACAUCAGUGUAUUCUAA